AUGAAAGUUUCUCGUAGACGGACCAAGCAGCAAGAGAAACGCGAAGAUUCAGGCAGUAAAUGUGAAACCACACAUGAUAACACCAGUGCAGCCGGCAGAGGUGAUUCACAUUCCCCCACAGCUCAAAUUGCUAUAGCUGAAGCCAAAUCUGAGGUGGAGUUACUGAAGCUGAAGGUAGCAUCACAGCAGGAAAAGAUUAAAGAUCUACUGGAAGAACGUGAUUUUCUGAGGACACAAUUAACUCAAGUUUGUGUCCCUGCUGAGGUGAUCCGAAGAUAUGAAAAAGUGCUGGCCAUAUAUAUGAAAGGAAACACAAUGGCCAAGUCAUUCCAGAAGUACGGGGUAGACCGCAACACAAUUGCCCAGACUGCUUCUAUUGCAGAGCUAUCCCUUGCCGCACCAGAGACAUACCGCCAGCUCAAUGAUGAUCGUGGAAAAAAGGAGAAGUUGUUAGACUUCGCUAAAAAGCGCCAAGAUAAUGAAUUGAGUGCUGAAUUGAAGUUCCUAAAGUCGAAACAGAGGACUGUUCAAGAAAGUAAACUGAACUGGGAACAAACUGCUGAACAUAUAAAGUCUCAGGCCCAGGACACAGAGAGGCAGAUUAAGGAGGAGUAUGAGAAGCUCCACCAGUUUCUACGAGAUGAAGAGGCAGCCCGGAUAGAAGCUCUGAGGAUGGAAGAGCGGCAGAAGAGUCAGAUGAUGAAGGAGAAGAUUGAAAAGAUGAGCAGAGAGAUGGAAGCACUUGCAGCCACAAUCAGAGCCAUAGAAGAGCAGAUGGAGGCUGAAGACGUCUCCUUCAUACAAAACUACAAGGCCACACUGGAAAGAGCCCAGUGUAAACUGCAGCAUGCAGAGAAGCCUUCAGUAGACCUGCUUCAUGUGGCGAAAUACCUGAGCAACCUGAAGUACAAAGCCUGGAAGAAGAUGAAGGAGAUUGUUCAAUUUUCUCCUGUAACUCUGGACCCCAACACUGCUCAUCCUAAACUCAUCCUGUCUGAUGAACUGACCACUGUGAGGCUCGGUAGUGAGAAACAGCAGCUUCUAGAUAAUCCAGAGAGAUUUGAUUAUCAGCAUUUUGUCCUGGGAUCGGUGGGCUUUAACUCAGGGACUCACAGCUGGGAUGUUGAAGUGGGUGACAGUAAAUUCUGGGGUCUGGGUGUGAUCACAGAAUCUGCUAACAGGAAAGGAAACGUGGACUCCAGGAGAGGAAUGUGGGGGAUGUUGUUGCACACAGGCAAAUACGCGGCAGGUUCUUCACCAAACCUUAGUCCCCUCCCAAUACAGCAUAAACCCCAGAGGAUCACAGUGCAGCUGGACUGGAAGAAAGGAAAACUGUCCUUCACUGAUUCGCUCACUAACACACUCUUAGUCACUUUCAAACACAAAUUCACUGAGAAAGUCUUUCCGUUUGUCUAUGUUCAUGAUAUCGACUCUCCUCUUCAGAUUUUACCUGCUCAGUCCUCUGUAUUACUGGAGCAGCACAAGUAAAGAUGCUACUGCAUCUGAAGAUUAUAUGAAUGAAGAUUAUAUGCAUCUGAAGAUUAUAUAUAUAUAUAUUUCAUUAGAAAAAAGUCAUAUUCAUAUUCAUACUCUGGAGAGCACCCCAGAGUCAACCCUGCCAAUCGUGCCUCCUGGUACUCCAGAGAGCACCCCAGAGUCACCUGGUGUCCCACAGUACUGGGCAGCCAGCAUAGACACUUUUAAAAAGGGGCUCUUUCUGGUGUGAUAGAGAGGAGGACGCUGACUUUGCCGCCACACACCAGAAAGAGCACAGUGUGGGACCAGGAGAGAAAGAAGGGACUCCUUAAAGUAAGGCUGUACUAGUCCUAUUUACUAGUUAUUUUUUCAUUUAGAUACAUGUAAAUACAGUACUUUGGAGUUUGUGUGUGUCUCUGAGCUCUCAUUGGGUUUCCCAGUCAGCGUGCAUUGGCCCCUUCCCUGUUUCUAUAUUAAACAUUGCCAUGAUGCGCUCACAAUUUGACCCAGUUGACUUAGAAAAUUAAGAAAAUGAACUUAAAUGGGUAAUGACUCUAGAGGGCGUUUCACUUUGUCUAAUACACAAAACAUCUGACAGGACAACAAACCGCCUGUUUCAACCUCCGGUUGAACAAGCCCUUGUCCACUUGGCCUCAUUUCCCCUCAGGGGAAUCCCUGGCACCAUCUUAAGGUCAGUCCCAUCGCUCUAUGAGCUCAAGUGAAGGGUGUUAGAUGAGCCUUAGCAGAAGCGAGGAAUCAAGUGGCCACCAAGCAGCAGGAGAACUUACAGAGCGUACAGGUUAAAGUGUUGUUGUGUAAGCCAGUGGAGACACUGUAGGUCAGGGGUGUCCAGUCUUAUCUGCUAAGGGCUGAUGACGCUACAAUGUGUUGAUUGAUUGAUGAUAUGGUUUCUACUUCUGUCUGAAUUUCACGUCAGUAUGGCGCGGUAUAUACGCUAAGGUCUUCUGUUUGACCUUGGACAGAGUCUAUCAUCUACUGACACUCAGGCCUUUGGGACAACGUUGCCUUCCACCACGCAGAAAAAUAAAACAUUACUCUUA